AUGUGGCGCGCUAUGGCGUUCAAGCUGUUGCGCCAAUUUCGAAGAUAAUCAUUGUGCUUUUGAAAUUUUGACAAACGGUUAUACGUGUGUAUUAUAAUAAAAUAAUGGCAGACAAUCAGCAAAGUAGAUUUGAAAAAUCUCUCGGUUUAUUAACCACACGAUUUGUAUCAUUACUUCAAAAAGCCAAGGACGGUGUCCUGGACCUCAAAGUUGCCGCUGAUAUCCUGGAGGUGCGACAGAAAAGGAGGAUCUAUGACAUAACAAAUGUCCUGGAAGGUAUCGGGCUGAUAGAAAAAAAAAGUAAAAAUUCUAUACAGUGGAAGCGGUCUAGGGGCGCAGGACCUGGAUGCAAUACUCAAGAAGCUGGAGAAAAACUCGGCGAUUUGAAAGACGAGUUGCGGAGACUGGAAGAGCAUGAGGAUUUGCUGGAUACUCAUACGCAGUGGAUGCAACAGAGUAUAAAAAAUAUUGAAAAUGAUUUUAAAAACCGUCAGUAUGCUUACGUGACGUAUGAAGACAUUAAGGAACAGUAUCCAGAUGACUGUGUACUGAUAAUAAAAGCCCCAGCUGAGACUGUACUAAAAGUACCGAACUUGGAAAAAAUAUUAGACGAUGAUAAAAAUAGUAAUAAGAGUAAUUAUGAGUUGGUUUUAAAAAGUCCUGCUGGUGAAAUAAAAGUUUUUAUGAUACAGCCCAUGUUGGCGGAAAAUUAUGAUAACAAAAUGCUGGAAGCGAGGUUGCAACAAGAGUCCAAGGGUCUGAAGAGAGAAAAAAUUGAAUGUGAUCACAAAGAUGAGCCCAAGCCAAAGAGAAGAUUGUCCAGGUUGAGCAAAAGCAGAGAUAAAGAACCAACGUCUGAUGAAGAUGAAGAGAGCGAAGAAUCUGAAUUACUGGAAGCUAAAAUAUUACUUAGUGAUCUCAGUACGAAGCUUCGAUCAGAAUCAUCCGACUCGAGUUUACUUGAUGACUUUUAUUCAGACUUUUGUGGACCAUUAUUAAGUUUAAGCCCGCCACCAAGUGAAAAAGAUUACCAUUUUAAUUUAAGUGAAAACGAAGGGAUACUUGAUCUAUUUGAUAUCGCUGCUAAAUAAUUGUAAAAUAAUUAUUUAUAGAUCGUAAUAAUUAAUAACUCGACUUGGGUGCACUGAUUGAUAUUCAAUCACUGUCCAAAUAUAUUUGGUCGCACCAAAACAUUAUUAUUAAAUAUUAAUAUUAUUAUUAAUUAUUAGUUAUUAUUAAUUAUUAUUAUUAU